AUGGCAGAAGAAGUUGAUAUGAAAGAAAUUUGUAUUGAAACUGUAUCAAACGGACACAAUGAAAGUGAUGUGAACACAGUUGAGGAUCUCAGUGAGCCAAGCCCAGAGAGAGAGAUCACUUUGACAGAUCAUUUGAACAAGAGACUGUUACAGACAUUUUUGCAAAGACUCAACCAGAAUGAUGUCCCUGCCGCUGUGGGAGUAAAUUAUAUGAGCUCACAACCUGAAAUUGAGGAAGAAGAAUUAGUUUCCAAUGAAGAUGAAUGGGAAAAUAGUGUAUCUACAGUACGUUGUGAAGACAGUCAGGAUGGAUAG